UGACUGUGUCUAGUAAAAGGGACCACUUUGACGAUUCUAGUUUCCGAGUUAUAUGCAUUUUUACAAAAUUUGCCGAAAAUAUGUAAAAUGGAUUUUUGUUACUAAUCGGUUAUUAAUACCUUAAAUAUCAUUUUGUAUAAAAUAAUACCUGUAUAAUUACAAUAUUUCAAUAUCCUAAUAGGUCACGAAGUUUAGUACCAAGGGUACCACUUUAAGGUAAUAUUUUACAGGCGAAAUAUUUUGAUUUAUUUCGAUCGCUGUUAUGCAGGGAAGUGAAAUAAUAAGUUGAGGGUAGGAUAAGGGGGGCGGGGGGCGAAGAUUGGGCGGUAAGCGUGGCGCGGCGCGCGCGUCGCUCACUCAGUUAGCUGGCCGGCGCGUACUCGUACGCACAUGUUAGUUGAGCAUUGCCACGCGCCGUAAAACAUCGUGAUUUUUAUCUAUGCGAGCUGCGAAUAUACAUUGUGUUUAAGUACCAAGUUUAUAACGUCACAUUUCAUCAUGGAAGACGAUACUCAAAUUUUGUUUACUGAAUAUGAUGGCGAUCAGCAGCAAACACUACAAACAACAGCUUCACAUUCAGCACAGACAUCGACGACGAAACCAAAAGCACAACAUAAAGGCACUCAAACACGGGAAACUGAAAUAAGGUUUUCCAGUACGUGCUCAAAAAAUGAGAUUGUUUAUUCCACUCGGGACUUACCCCAAAUAAAUAACUAUCCCGGUCAGUGCAUUUCAGAUCCUCGAAACGAAGAUGUAGCCAGAAUAAUUUUAUAUGAGUUGGAGCGUUUGCCUGAAAAACACCGCAUUAGUGCUUUUGCCAUAAUUUUCAAUGAUAUAAAAAAAAUUCACGAUGAAGUGUCUUCUCAGCCUGUUGUUACUGAUAGCAAUACUCGUGUAAACGCUGAAGAGGCAAGGAAACGUGACUUACAACAAAGAGUUUUAAGAAACAUGGCGAGAGUGUUUGGCGAUGAGGAGUUAAAGUAACUUUUGUGUAGAUGGAGCUUCUCAUGGAAAAUUGGAGUGUGAUUACGGUCAAUGCACAGACAUAGAUUUAAGAAAUUUUGAACAGGAGUAUUUAAAAUUCAUAAAAAAAAAUUCUGAUGAAGAAAAUCAUGAGCCUCCUAUCGAUGAUAGAUGCGAAAUAACUGGCGUUGAAUUAGUUGUACCAGAAGACCCAUCUCGUAAUUUUUUUUUCUGAUACUGACGAUUUUCUCAACCAAUUGGAAAACCAUGAAGAACAACGGAUAUUUAUCGACGGUUGCGGCUGUGCUAUGUCAUGCCAAGAAAAAUUUCCCCGUGAAGCUGUGCUACAGUCCAGAUUAGAAUCACAGGAAAUGAAUACCAAAUGCGACCUAGGCCAUAAUCAUUUAAAUUUGUUUACUAUGGGUGCUCUUAAUGCUCUAACUCGUCAAGGGUCCAAUACUCUUAAAACAAACAAAAACAAAACAAAGGUAAGGAAAGCAGCUCAUACAACUUUUUUUUUUAAGGCAUAGCUGUUUGUAAGAACUUUUUUCAGUUUGUUUAUGCAUUAGGGGAAAAAAGAUACAAAAAUAUUAAGAGCAAAGUACUUAAAGGAAAUUUAGCAACAGUGUCCUCUCCUCAUAAUUUCACGUUGAUAAGAACCAAUAAUGCCCAGCAAACAAUUGAUGCUUUUUACAAUUUAUAAUUAGUAUCCUUAAUUAAAAUUAAAUUUUUAUUCUCUACAAUUAAUCUAAAUAGGUAUUCAUUCUAAAUGUAAUAUAUAAUUGUCAGUCAAAAAUUCCACCCCGAAUCGUACCCGGCUCAAAGGUACCCAUCACACUAGCUGCGUUUCCUCUUUGGAUGGCUAAGGAUAUCCUUUGAACCAGGUACCAUCCGGAGCGGUGGUCAUACCCUCUGUCACGUAAACGGCGUCCUAUUUCUUUAACAAAGCUUUUCGCUUCUGGGCACCACGGGCCAGCUGUCUCGACGGCGAUUGGUAUAAACUCAUAUUGAUUUAAUAAAACCGAGUAUUUAUUUAACUUGUGAGCAGCUGCCGCUCGUGCAGCCGAUCCAGCCGAUCGUGUGCUACUGUUCAAGUAGGACGCCGCAUACGUGCUCACACAGGUUGCAUCCCACAACAAACUACGUCCUCUUCGCCAGGGCACCAGAGUAAGCCCAUCCGGCCGCUUUCCGUCUGACCUAGACAAACCAGGUGGUUCCAAUUGACAGGGAAUGUUUGCCGACACCAAUGCACUGCGUAUUAUAUGAUUAAUGGUAUUAUGCCGUGAUAAACGGCCGGCACACCUUAAACAACUGAGGGCAUGAUGCGCACUGGAAUUUACCAUCUUUCCGCAAAUACAUUGGUGUGGCUCACAUACUGGACAGCCCAACCUCAAAGCCACAGCUAUUCUAAGUGAGUCAUUGUCCAGUAAAGUUCCCAUCUGAGGCGACGGAACAGCGUGCAGCCAUGCACCCGAUUCCGGCUCAGCAGAAGCCUUCAAACGCGCCAAAUCCGAAUCAUUCGCUAAGCUUUCUAGGUCCUUCAUCAGAAUCUGAAUUCUUUUCUCAUCCCAAAGCUUUUGUACGUGGGGCUGACAUGGAAAAUCUGUAUUCGGACACCUGCUGGACCAUAAUGUCAUGGCUUCAUUCACAUGAGGCAAAAUUAAUCCAUCACCAUCAAUAGAGAGUAUUUUAGCUACUAGAUUAACUGCCCCAUGCGAGGACGCCAAGAAAGCCGGAAGGGCAACCUCCGAAAAACAACGAACUCCAAGUCCGCCAUUACGUACAGGCAACGAAGCCUGGACCCACUGAAUGUCAUCAAGACUUACAUUCAAAAUAUUUUCUAACGUUGAACGCACCGCAUCAUCAAUCUGCUGAACAAAAUGUGGAAACAACCAUGCCGGGCUUGUCCUUGCUAUAUAUGUUAACCGCGGCAUUGCAAAACAAUUGCGGAGUAGGACCAAGGCAACAUGAGAGGAUAGCAUGUUUAGUCUGUCCCGGACAGUCAUCAAUAAUGAGACUUUAUUCUGAAGAGAAGCAGGCACCGCCUCCUUUAACAAAGGAGCACCCAAAAUAUUAAAAUUCUCAUUACUAACGACUUCUAUCCCAGAUAAUACGUCAUUAAAGCGUGAAAUGGAAGCGCGUGCGUUCUCCCCACACAAAAACAAUUCGCACUUACUCGGGUUGAUUUUAAGGCCCAAAGGUCUAAAAGCUUCAAUCAGACGCUGAAAAUCAGCUGCUACUACAUCAGGUGGACCACCCAAGGUUCCAUCAUCCAGGUACCAGAUAUUCAAGGGUGAUUUCAGGCUGGCAACUGUCCUCUGAAUUGCCAAGCUGAACAUUAAAGGACCUAGAGGGUCCCCCUGUUGAGCGCCAACCUGAGACUUUAUGGGAACACCAUCAAAAGCUAAAUUACUUGAAAAUGCGUAGCACUGGUAUGUAAAGGCGAAAAGUUCAGGAGUAUGUUCUUGCACCUCACUUAGCAUAACAUCCCUUUCCAAAGUGUUGAAAGCGUUCUCUACAUCGAUCUUUAAAACAACAUUAUCAGUAUUCUGAUUGGACAUUACGAAAUAUCGUGCUGCGUGUAUAGUGGCCUCACAGCCUCUUGAUGCUCCAAAUCCAAGCUGGUGUGGUUGUAAACAUUUUGCAACAUUUUCUCUAACAGCGGUACAUCCCAGUUUCGACACCAAUCGUCUGAAGACGUUGCCCACAGCAAUAGGCCUUAUUCCUCCAUCCCUUUUCUGAAGAGCGCAAAGAGAUGCUCCAUACAGAUAUGGACACACUUGAGGAUUCAGAAGUCCUUUCAAAAGAAAAUUACAAAGGUUGGUGACUGCUUCCAAUAGGCGAACCCCAUUAUCCCCUGCUGAGGCAGACAUAAGUUCCUUCAAAUGAUCCGAACGAAGACCAUCCAAACCAGAAGCGGAACCAGUCUGAAAAGAAGACAGUGCCACAGAAACUUGUGAAGAAUCAACCGUGAGACAUCUGUUAGAACGGUUCGGCUCCGAAGGCAGUCUCAAUGGACGAGACGGUGUAGGAUGUUUCCGUAUUAAGGAAUUACGUGUAUGCAUAUCACAAGGUGCAACAGAACAAUCCGACAACAAAAGACGAACCGCACCUCUAAGAUCACCGUCAAAUACCUUUGCCUCUAUAGAUCUGUUAAUAGAAUAUAAUUUUCCACGAUCGUCAAUGUUGAGCACUUCAUCAUUAACACCAUUAAUAUUUUCCUUCACUUUCGAGGUAAGAGAGGACCGUCCCUCACGUUUUGGUACUCUUAAGGCAGUAAAAGAGAAAGAUAAGAGAUUUGACCACGCGAGGAUGCUAUUGUCUCUCAAACAAAUCUCUAUUACGGAAGCCAGUUUGCCUGCGGCCAAGCAUCUUGCUCCUUUAGGGAUAUGCUUCAAUACUGGCACAUUUUUUUUUAAUAAAAAAAGAUUAUUGAGUACACUGAGGUCAUCAGUUGCAUGUGUUUGUACUGAAGAAAGAGAGUCCGGACAAACCUGACUUGGACCGCGCCUAUGCAUUCGACCAAUAUGGACAGCUAAUCCUCUAGGGAUAACGUAUUGGCGCGAAGUAUCCGGGCAAAGAGGACAUGAGCCAUGAUUUGACAUUAUUACCAGUCCAUAAAUUGUAAUAACUAAAAGAUUUAAAAAUUAUAUUUAAAUAUACAGAUCAAAUUAAAACAUCAAUUUAUCGUCAACAUUAAUAAAUAAAAUUCAUUCAUUCAUUCAUUCAUUAAUAAAUAAAAUAAAAAAAUAUAAAACAAACAAACCAAAUUAAACAAUUAGCAAAGAAUUAAAUAUUAUUAAAUUCUAUGAUGUCUCUUAUAAAAAUAAAUUUAAAUCAAAUAAAAAUAAAAUCAAUAAAAUUCAAAUAAAACAAAACAUGCAAUAAAAUUAUCUGCUACAGCGGUGGUCGAUGUAACUUUCCAGCGCAAAUUGCAAACCAUCGUCAAUUUUCUAUAUUCAAUCAGACUCCUUCUCCAGAAGCGUCAUAUUAAUAUAUAUAUAUAAAUCAGCAGCAAUUGUGUUGUUAAACUUCUUCUUCACAACCGCCGAAUAAAAUCAAAUUCUACCAUAUCCAUAGUUAUAUUAAUGAUGGCAACAUUAUUCAAAUGUCAAACUCUAAAUAAGAGUGUCAAUUGAUGUUGAUAAGACAGAAAUAAAUCCUCCUUGAGGGUAGAUAUUUAAAAAUAUGUUGACUUUCCAAUAUAUCACUCCACUGCAUUCCAAGUCCAACUUAACUAAAUGUACUUUUCCUUAUUUUGUAGAUUUAGGUAUAUGGUUAAUAACACUACCACACCUUCACUAGAAGCUGGCCGUCACAUUAUCACAUUUUGAGGUCCGAAACCUAGAACUUUCAAUUUUUUAAACAAUAAGUUUCAAGAACUUCGUGUAUACAGGGCUAGGGUUGCCCUCUCCUUGAUUGAUGCUGUAUUAUUCAAAAAAUCUUUCUCAGAACAAAAUUCAUUAGUCUUGCCAGGCCGCGUUCCAAGUUUUCAUAAUCCUGACUUACAUAUUUUACCCAGUUCAAUGAAUAAACGAUACGUGUAUGAUAAGUACCAAAAAGCGAGCAAAUUGUCCGAAAGAGAUGCUGUGAGUUUAAGAACUUGGUACAGAUUAUGGCAAACCUAUGCUCCAAAUAUUGUCAUUCAAAAGCCUCGAACGGACCUGUGUACAAAAUGCCAAGAAAAUAUUACAGCUUUAGGUAAAAUGCAAGGCUUAGAUGAAAAUGAAAAGCGCGGAUUGAUUGAAAAAUCGUCCCAACAUUUAGAUUUAGUUCAAACUGAACGUGCCUAUUACAAACAAUUGAUUGACACGUCAGCAGAUGUAUUCGGAAACCGGAAACUAGGGCAAAACCAGCCAUGCUCAUCGCCAGGAAAAAUGCAUUACUCGUUUGAUUUUGCGCAACAGGUACAUUUGCCUCAUAGCUCACAGCAAGUUGGACCUCUUUACUUUUUGGCGGGAUAUAAAAUCGGUUUGUUUGGCAUAGCCGCGGAGCCACUAAAACAAUUUGUGUUAUAUAUCAUCCCAGAAGCUUGCAAUACUGGAAAAGGUUCGAAUACCGUAAUCUCACUCCUAGACCACUUUUUCAAUAAUUUUGGGCUGGGUGAAACAGACGUCAUUUGUCAUGCUGAUAAUUGUAGCGGUCAAAAUAAAAAUAACUUCAUGAUGCAGUACGCAUUAUGGCGUACACUAACGGGGAAACAUAAAUCAUUUCAACUUUCUUUUUUGCCCGUUGGACAUACCAAAUUCGCGCCGGAUUUAUACUUCGGACUAUUUAAAAAAAAGUUCCGUCUUUCCAAUUCAAACACAGCCAGAGAUGUGUUGGAGUGCGCCGUUUCAGCUUGCCAUAAUUUAGACACAGUUACGGCAGUUCUUGUCGGUAAUGAAACUGGUGAUAUAAUGAAUGUGCAUUCAUACAAUUGGGCCGAUUUCUUUAAAAAGAAAUCUCCGCAAAGCGUGACACAGCUGCUCUCUUACAACCAUUUCAAAGCGUCUAUUGAUGAUCCUGGAGUCCUGCAUUGCACCAAAAAGUUUGAUGAUCAAGAUGUUAAAAACGUCGCAGUUUUUAAUUCCACUUGUGAUUUCACACAAAAUGCUAGUCCGACUGUAAUACCUCCUACAAGGCUAUCGUUUGAGCGACAACAGUAUUUGUUCCAAAAAAUUCGUGUCUAUGUUUCCCCUGAGGCUCAAAAUGUCUUGUGUCCAGAACCUAUAAAAAUCGUUGCAAUAAGUGCUAUAGAAGAUCCGUUACUUGACGUCGAAAUGCCGCUCAUAGAUACUGAAUCAGCCACCCCGUCGACGUCGGCGCUCACAGUAGUGGAAAGCCAAAAACGAAAAACACCCAAAUGCGGCUACUGUGGUGAAAUGGGCCACAGAAAUCAAAAAAGGAGUAAUGUAUAUUUUUGUAAUUAAAAAAAACUAAAAACCUACGCUUUAUUGCUAAUCAAACUAAAAAAUAGAAAAUAAAAUUUAAAGACAAAGGAAUUAUAAAACAGUAGUAGCAAGUCGAACAAUCGGUUAUAGUCAAUUACCUCCGAUUAAAAUUAUAACAAAAUUAAAUUUAUAAACAAAACAAUUGAAAUCUGAGUAAAAAGCGUGGGGUGCCUGAUGUAGUAAAUAUUAAAAUCAUUCUAUUAGCAUAUAUUUAUGACAAGAGAGUUAUGAAAAUGAAGUAAAAUGCACCCCACGCUUUUUACUCUGAUUUAAAUUGUUUUGUUUAUAAAUUUAAUUUUGUUAUAAUUUUAAUCGGAGGUAAUUGACUAUAACCGAUUGUUCGACUUGCUACUACUGUUUUAUAAUUCCUUUGUCUUUAAAUUUUAUUUUCUAUUUUUUAGUUUGAUUAGCAAUAAAGCGUAGUUUUUUAGUUUUUUUUAAACUAUUAUUUAUUUUCUAUUUUUUAGUUUGAUUAGCAAUAAAACGCCUAGUUUUUUAGUUUUUUUAUACAAUUAUUUUUUGGUAGAAGUGUUAACUUCCUACUACUUCUACUACGCUGUAUAACUAUCUUACUAGAAAUGACUUUCGCAACCAUGCGCCCAUCGCCGGAGGUUUUCACGACUAACUUUCUUAAAGUUAUAUGUGGCCUGAUUGGAUUAAAUCUCAUAAUAUUCUCAUCAUCAUGAUUCUUUUUUAGGCGAUGGGCUAGCAACCUGUCACUAUUUGAAUCUCAAUUCUAUCUUAAAGCCCAAUAGCUGAAGGUGGCCUAUAUAGUCUUUACAAGACUGUUGGCUCUGUCUACCCCGCAAGGGAUAUAGACGUGAUUAUAUGUAUGCAUGUAUGUAUGAUGAUUGUUAAACCCAGUUGAAAAGAAUUUUAUAGUGAUAAAUCACUGUUAAUAAUAUUUUUGACUAUCCAGCAAACAUAACAAUUUUCGAUUGUGGCCUUGCCAGGAAUCAAACCACAAGAUUAAGAGGCAGAUUGAUACAGGAACAAAAAUAUUUCAAACAUACCUCCACUGCCUUUACAACCAGGAACGCAACAAUGUUUAUCUGAAGACAUCGUGGCACUUUUGUAGUAAAAUCUGUCUUUCACAAAAACAAACACAAACUUGGGACUCCUAUCUCAAAUAAUCAGGUACUUUUUACAGGAGCCCUAUCUCAAAAUAUCUGCACAACACAGUGAACACAGUCAGAGUCCAAUCUCAGAUGAUAAAAUCACACGAAUAUCCGGAAGAACAAAGCUCGACUCAACGGAAGAUUCCAAACUCCAAAUAACGACAAGUUAUCAGCACAAAACAAAGUGCAAAUAGGUAAAUACACAGGCACCGGUAAAAAAACAGAAAGAAAGUUUACAGGUGUUAGAAUCGAAUUCAAAACUUACUGCAAAACUUAUUUUACAUAAAUAAACAAACUGUCACUCAUUUUCCAAGCGAGUAUUACAGUGUUGCUAUUAUAAAUAUGCAAAAGUUACAUAAUGUUAAUUCAAGAAUCGCAUUAAUAUGUUAAAUACGUAUUAAAUAUCGCAAAGUUCUGUAGGUAGUAACUUUAUUCUUGUAUUGUUGUAAAUUUAGUUGUUCAAUUUUCAUUUAUUACUUUUGUUUUAUUACUUAUAUAUUUUUUAUUGUUUUAAAAUAUUCUACUAAUUCUACUAUUGUUUCUAAUGGUAAUUCUAAAUGGAGCGAUGCGAUGAAAUAAAAAAGCCUCAGGUUAAUAGUAACAUUAUAUGGAAAUAUAUUACAUCUCUUUUUGGACUCCUUAUACGUCAGAACUUCUUGGUUUCUUGUAUGGAGAUUACUGGCACUGGUGCUAUCUCUGUCUCUCUUACUCUCAUACGAAGGAUCUAAAAAUGAAUUUAUUAAUCCUGGCAGUUUUAAUAAGGAUAAUGAGAAACUCUUAUCAAAAUAUUGCAUUGUCAUCGGUCCUUGAUACGUGUGCAAAGUUUCAAGUUGAUCAGACGUUUAGAAAUCAGUGAAAAUUAAGCUCAAAGAUUCCGUUACAUACAUACAUACAUACAUACAUACAUACAUACAUACAUACAACCCAAGCUAAUAAAAGCGUAGUAAAAAAAGAGAACUUGAUGAGCGCCUUGAAUCCAGUUAACUGUAUUUACCAAGUAAAAAAAUGUGAUUUAUUUUGAUUAUAGUAAGUACUUUAAUUUGACAAGUUGUUGUGUGUGAUUUUUUUAUUUUUGUAAACAAGUAAAGUUUAGUGACAAAGUGGUACCUGACUUAGUAUAUUAAUUAUUUUUUCCUUAGAAAUGUAUAAAAUGUAGAAGAAACUUACUUUAAUGUUGAAAAAUAUUUACUUUACUAUUUAACAUAGUGACAACACGUUAUAUUUUAUUAUAAAAACAUGUUAAAUAGUAGUUAUUUUACUUGUGACACUAAACUUUACUAAGCCCCCCAAGUGGUACCCUAAUUAUUCUUCCAUAGUAAAAUGAUCGUCAAACCACUAAACUUAAAACACGAUAAUUUCUCUAAAUAUUGCAUUAAGUAUCGUUAAUUAUGUUUGGAUCUCUGUGCUAAAGUAUAUUUUGGCUAAUUUUGUGAUAUAACUUAAAAAAUAUAUAUUAUUUAGUUGAUUUUUGUUUAUGAGACUGAUUAGAACUGAUUUAUAGAAAUGUUAGUAUUUUCGAUUAAAAACAUAGAAAAUACUGGUCUUUUUUUAUUUUUUCCCUUCUAUUAUUGCCUAAAAUAUAUUACCAUAAUUAAUAAUUCAUUGUUUAAAAGGUAUUUUCUUAAGAUUAUGAGUAAUUAAGAUACUUGAUUUUUUUCCUACUCCUGCAAGUUCUUCCUUGACUACCUUCCAAAUCAUUAUAGUUAUUGAGACCAUUGAUGCCUGAAUUUAAUCUUUGAUAAUACUAGAUUAGCUUGAUACCAAUCAUUCCAUAACUUCCUAGUAGAAGUGUAUUUUUCACGAGCAUAAACUUUAAAAUCAAUUUUCUCGACUCGUACAUUUUGCCUACUGCAUGUUUAAAAAUGUAUAAAAAAAUAAUUAUUGCACCUAGGAAAACGAUUCUUUUUUUACUGAAUAGCUAAUUUUACCUAGUUUUAGGAGAUAUUAAUAACUCCAUACCGGUAAAGUGGUCCCUUUUCCCAGACACAGUCACAUUUCAACUUCACUACAUGCUGUGCCGUGUGGUUCCCGGCACGAAUAGAAAAAAGAAUAGGACCACUCCAUCUCUUUCCCAUGGAUGUCGUAAAAGGCGACUAA